UUACCGUUCGCUUGCUUCCACAAUUUGAAAAAAAAAAAAAAAAAACUCUUCGUACGUGAAACAACGAUUUAAUUAUUUCUUCAAUUCGCGAUAUCUUCGUAGACAUGGCAACGGCUGUUAUUUUCAUUCAACGAUGUAUGAUCAUUGUCGCUAUCCUACUUUGUUAUUUUCAUGUUCAGAGUGAAAGCGUGAAUUGCGAAUUGUAUCCAUUCCAUCAUACUUGUAGAGGUACAAUGUCGAGGAAACGUGCGAUGUUCCCAAUUGUGUACGGAUCAGGAUGUGAGGAAAAUAAAGGAAAUAUAAAUUGUAUCAAAGAAUUUGAAGAAAAACAUCAUAUUGCCUAUAUUCCGUUAUCGAAGUCAAAACUCUUAAUUGCUUUGCUUGAUGAUGAUUUACGAAAGGAUAUUACACGAUCAAUCCGCCAUAAAUUAAGGAACGAUGAAAUGAUUAAACAAAAUUCAGCUUUAAUGGAAAACUUUUUAUCGCAAUUGGACUCUUCGGACAAUUACUGA